AUGACCCGCGUGACGCGCAUCCAGGGGUUCCAGCGCCCGUUCUCGCGCGAUCAAGUGACCAGCUGGGUGUUGCAGCCAGUGCUCAUUGCCGCGUUUGUUGCGCUCACAACGUCGUACCUCCACGACCUCGAGCCAUUGUGGGUGCUGAUCCCAUACGGCGUGCUCUUGACUAUCUUCGGCGUGUGCUGGUUCCUCUGUGAAAUGCGCAACCCCGCCAGCUCUACCGUCGUGGCCAAAUGGUGUGUCCCAGUGCCUUCCAAACCCACGCGAUAUUGCACUGUGUGCAACAAGAACAGCCCAGGCCUCGACCACCACUGCACUUGGCUCAAUACAUGCAUUGGAGACAUCAACUACGAGCCUUUCUUCAUCUUAAUCGUUACGGGCACGGUGAUGACAGCAUACCAAGCGAUCAUUGGUAUCGUCAUGGCGACGACAUGGCAUGCAGAAAUCGUGGCGCACGACCCGACUAUGAGCGCGUCGGGGUCGUUGGCCGCCCUCUGGAUCCACAACAUUGUGUGCAUCUUGCUCGCGGUGGCGUAUGGCGCCCUGACAGCGUUCCAUGUGUACUUACUCGUCCUUCGCAUGGGCACGUACGACUAUAUCCUGAAAUACGGCGCGAACAACCGGUGCAUUCGGCUCUUGCGGUGCCAGUGCCGAGGGUCCAAAGCCCUCGGCGCAAAAAAGAAUGGCCCCAAGUCGCCAGCCCAAAACGACAAGGACUCGAUCGCGACCACAGUAGCUUCGGAUCGCAAAGCCAGCAAGUCUAAGGUCGGCCAUACGGCCUCUGUCGUGCAUUCGUCCAAGGAGAGUUCAGCGCAGCCGUCGUCGGCAGAGAUCGCCGCAUGGAAGGCCGAGUGGAUCAAGAAACAUGGCAGUGAUGGCGACGACGUGGUCCGCCCGACGGAAUCGCUCGGCGAUUUGGCACGGACGAGAAAGGUCAGCGCGAACAACAUCCUGGUCGAGUUAGACGGACAAGUAACCUCUUCGGCUUCGUCGUCCGUUGCACCUAUGGCCGCAUCGGAAAAGGAGAACUUUCAUGACGUCGACUUGCACGAGUGA